GACGAACGUGCGCAGCUGUAUGUUGAAUGUGAGUCGCUGCUGGCUGCGCUCCGCAGCUGAUGCGGCUCGUCGUCCGUUCGCCGCCGUGUUGCUGCGCCGUGUGUUUUGUUUAUAGAAAAAUGCGCCGUAUCGAAAUUCGACGUUGCCCCGUUGCAAUCGGUGAUCCGUGUUAAUUCCAUGAUCGACGUCGCGCCUGUGCAUGUAUCGCGCGAUAUUCCUCCCGCACGAAGCUUUCGGAAAAUUCGGCGAGGAAUCUCCGUCGCGAGAAAACCGUCGAGGCUGAUCGGUGAUGCGGCGCACGGAAUCGGACGCGACGUCUGACAUCGCUCUCUCCGUAAACGUACAGCGAACUCGCCGCACAAUGGAUCGUAAGGGGCGAAGGUAGACAAAGGGUCGCCGGACUCAAGUCGCUUCUCGCGGCCGCUGCGAAUGGCUGUGUUACCAAGCGUCCCGGCGCGGCUGCAUUUAUUUAUAUGCACCCGAGACGUACGACCGCUGGCGUAAGAGAUGCGUCGUCUGAUCAAAUGAAUCUACACGCUUCCAACGAGGGCUUCUCGUCCGCGAAAUCGAAGUUAAACCAGUGCACCGCGUAGGGUUUGUCCAUCCGACGGCUUCCGUCGCGUUUACUUUCGCGAAUUGUCCCUCGACUUCUCUAACGAGGGUGACGCGUUCGCGAGGGUUUCACGGAAAAGCGGAGCAGAAUGCGCUUUGGUGUUUGGAUUCUUCAGAGUUUCUAAGCAGAAUUCGUAGUGAGUGAUAGGGCUGCAUGCACUAACGCGAGUGGUGAAGUGUGUGUUGAAUAGAGCGGUGAUAUAUCGGAAUAUAGCCAUUAUGGAAGCAUUGCGUUUAGCUAUACAGACGCGGCUCGGGGAGAGGAUGGUCAGCAUGAGCUCCAUGCUUGUGGAGACAGUCAGCAUAAAUUAUGAGGAUUUUAAUGAAAGUUUUUUAACUUGCGGCACCUGUCUCUGCGUUUACGAUGGCAGUGAGCAUACGCCUAAAUUAUUACCAUGCUCACACACGGUAUGUUUACAUUGCUUAACAAGGAUUGCUGCAUCCCAAACACGAGAGACAGGAGCGUUUAGAUGUCCCAUUUGUAGAGAAUUAAUAACAAUUCCUCGUGGGGGAGUACCAGCAUUGCCUCCGAGCUUUCUCGUAAACCAGCUGUUGGAUCUUAUGUCCCGGCAAAGACGAGAGGUCAUCCCAAAGUGUUCAGUCCACAUAAAUCAGGAAUUAUUAUUUUGUGAAACAUGUGAUACAGUGUUCUGUACAGUGUGCACUAGCGGCACACACGCGGGAACAUCGCCUGGAUGCACAGAACACACUAUUAUCCCUUUUAGUAUUGCGAUAAAAAGGAUGUCCGAGAUACUGCUUUACAAAGCUAACGAGUGUAUAUCCAAGUUAACACAGGCGCAAGAUUCUGUAAGCACGGAGCUGCAGCGUUUGGAGGCUUCCACGGAGAGAUGCUUGAAUGCAGUAGACACAGAGUUCGCGGACAUCAUCUCGAAGAUGGAGAGACGUCGGGCGGAAUUGCAAGCUGCCGUAACUUCCGCCGCUCGCGACAAGAAGCACGUGCUGGAGGAGCAACAUUCUCUUAUCGAGGCGGAGAAGACCAAGGUGGAGAGAGAGUGCGAAGGAUUGCAAUAUCAGGUCGAGGUGCGGAAUAUCACCCAACGUAUAAACAGUCUAUCGGAUCAGCUCGACGCGGCGACCGCUCUCAGUGAACCCAAAGAAAAUGCUUUUAUCACGUUCGAGUUUAAUCAUAACGACGCUGUCUCCCAUUUGGAGCAGGCACUGAGUAAUUUAGGACGAGUACGUUCCAGUACAACGUUACCAGGUUUGUGCCGAGCCAGACUGAAAGAUUUAGCGAUCGUGAAAUUGCAAACAAUCGUUAUCGUCGAAACGGUAGAUUACCACGGCCAUCCCCGAAACGUCGGCGGCGAUCUCAUCGGCGCUGAGUUGACACUGGCGGAUAAUAUACAUGCGGAUAAUCAAAGCGCUUCCAUCGAGGCGGAAGUGAAAGAUCUCGAGAACGGAACUUAUGAAAUUUACUUCCGGCCACCGACUGCAAACCGGUAUAUUUUGAAGAUAUCCGUGUUCGAACGACCUAUAAAGGAUUAUCCGCUAUUUUUCGACACGACGGAGCACAAUGAACCCAUUAAGAUCUACGGAAGACGCGGUAAUGGAAAAGACGAGUUCCACCAGCCAGUUUCGGUCGCGGUGGACGACGAAGGAAUGAUUUAUAUUUUAGAUACUGGAAAUUCUCGCAUUAAGGUACUGAAUUGUGAUUUAGAGUUUCAAAGGCACAUAAGCAAUGAAGGCUUGGAAGGCCGCAGUUGUACGGGAAUUGGUAUCUCUCAACAGGGUCUCGUAGUCGUGAAUUGGCGAACGCGAAAGAUUACAGAAAUGACUUUGAUAGGCGAUACAAUCCGAUCCUUUUCGCAUAAUGCAUUUCAAGAACCCAUAGAUAUUGCAGUGGACAAAAGUUAUGGGCAUAUACUUGUCGCUGACAAUGGCCAAAGCUGUGUAUUCGUGUUUGACUCAGACGGCAAGAUAUUAUUCCAGGUUGGCAAGAGAGGCACGUUCAAGCUAAUCAGUUCUGUGACUGUCGGUCCGGCCGGUGAGAUUUUAGUUGCUGACAGUAGGAUUCAAGUGUUUUCCGCGAAGGGAGAUUUCUCCGAGGAAAUCUAUUCCGAGGGCAAAGGAAAAGGCACGUACGGAGGAAUAGCGGUGGACGUGGAUGGCAAAAUAAUCGGUACUCGCACGGACAAGGGUCGUAGCAUAAUACAAGUGUUGAAGCUAGGCGGAGGUAAUAUUUUAACCGAAAUUGACUCUCACAGCUCGAAGCUGCGACGUCCGUCGGGCAUAGCUGUGCUGCCGGACAAUCAUCUGGUGGUGGUGGACUUAGGUAAUGAUUGUAUAAAAAAGUAUAGAUACUGGUAAGAAACCAGUUUUAUUUGAGCAUCAAAAUUUCGGUUGCGGAGCGGGAAGAGAAACUCUAUUGCGAAAAUACCAAAACUGAAUCUAAUUUAAAAUUAUUUAUUCAAACUUUUGUGGGAUGUGUAGUUGUAACGUUACGUAUUAUAUAUUACGCGUGUAAUACCUAUGUUUUUAUAAAUUUUUAUAUAUAGUUUAAAAAGUUAUGAUAAAACUUUACGUGGAUUGAAAUAAUAUCGGAAAGGAACUUGAGUUCGCGAUAUGAAGCAGUGAAUAACGUAUUACAAUUUAUGCUUUGCCAUUUUCCAUAAAGUGUGUUUAAUUUUCUUGUUUUUUUUUUUUGUGUGUGUUCAAUAUUUCUUUUGUCUCUCGCGCAAUACACGCGGGGAUAUAAAGUUUUUCGCCGUGAAUAAGACAAAGUCAUUUGAAAUGCUCAGUACUUAUUGUAUGUAUACCUUUUGUAUUUUAUGACUGUUUAAGUCGCCCCCGAUUAAUAUUUAAUCGUUUGAACGCGUAAAACAACUCUAUUGUUACUGACUAACCUAGAUACACCCACGAGCGGCGAUUUCGUUCUAUUCCAGUUUUGUUAAAUUAAAUUCGAAAGGUGCUUUUCUCUGAUUCUGCGGUAAACACGCGUCUAUAUAUGACAACAAUUGGAAAAGUAAAUUCUGUUUUACCUUACCAUUAUUUUUAAUUAAUAUAUUCAUCGUAUUUCAAUGCCUGACUGUUUAAUUUAACGCUUGAUUUGUUUUCUCAAGGAGCGAAUCAUUGUUCAUGGGUGUAUAGUAUUAAUAUAUAGAAGUUGUACACUGCCGGUUCAUAUUCUUUUACAUCUCUGUCAUGAUAGAGCGCAGAACUUUAUAUUACAUAAAAUAAAGCACACAAUAGAUUGCCUAAAUAUCAUACUGUUGAAAUCAUACAAAUUUUAAUUAAAUUCUAAACAUUUCAUUAAUCAUCAUGAAACUUUGAAUCAAAUUUGAAUUCAAUUUAUGUUUCCGAUACUACUCUGCAUUUAUUAGUUAUAUUCAUUCGACAUCGCGUUUCUUACAUUUGUUCAUUUAUAUUACGCGAUUUAAGAAAAACUAGUUUUUAUUUCUGUUUUAUCCUAUUUUUUUUUAAUGUGAAGCAUUUAUUAGCAGAAUAAAUUCGUAACAGUUUCUUGUUUUUUAACGAGAAAUUUAAGUUAUAUUCACUUCGGCACUACGUGAUGUUUUAAUUAACUAAGUAAAGCAUAAAUUAUAAUUAGUGUAAGAUAACUAGGCAGAAAUAACUAGAAAUAUGUUAACAUAUUGUACAUAUAUUUUUCAGUAUUAUCAUACAUUUGAUAGAAUUGACAUGGUUUGUUUAUCU